AUGGGAAAUUGCUGUAGCGGUAAUGCCAAUGAGGGUGAAAUUUAAAUGAAACACGGCCCUAACUACUAGAAAUUAAACACUAUGCUCUUUGAUGAUAGAGAAGUACUUGGACUUAAAGGACAAGACAAGAUGAAAAUUAUUAUUAGAAUUCAGGCAUUAUUUAGAGGUGCUUUAUCAAGAAGAAGAGUUGAACAGAGGUAUGGAUUCAAAAUUAAAACUAUGGGUGGCCAUAGUUAUGGUGUCAAUACACCUAAUUACUCUAACCUAAAAGUGCAAGAAAUCAAGGAAAGGCUUGGGCCAUUCAAGUAUGGCAACAGCACUGACAAUGAUGGAGUCAAAAGAAAGAAGAGAGCUUUGAUUACUCUCGAAAACGGAGCUAGAUAUGAAGGAGAGUGGAAUGAAGAAACUAAUAAAAGGGACGGAAAAGGCUAUCAAAUUUGGGCUGAUGGAUCCCUGUAUGAAGGAUACUGGAAAAAUGAUAAAGCAAAUGGAAGAGGAAGACUUAUUCAUGCUGAUGGAGAUGUUUAUGAGGGUGAUUGGAAAGAUGAUAAAGCUCAUGGAUAUGGAAAAUAUAUGCAUACUGAUGGAGCAUAAUACGAAGGUCAGUGGAAAGAAGACAAAUAGCAUGGACAUGGUAAAGAAACUUGGCCAGAUGGUGCUUGCUAUGAGGGAGAUUAUGUCGAUGGAAAAAAGGACGGUCAUGGUAAAUUCAAGUGGGCUGAUGGAUCUACUUAUGAAGGGCAAUUUUCUGAUAAUAAUAUUCAUGGUAGAGGUGUAUACAUCUGGGCUGAUAACAGAUGCUAUGACGGUCAAUGGAUGAAUAAUAAAAUGCAUGGUAAAGGAGUUUUCACAUGGGCUGACGGAAGAAGAUAUGAAGGCGAUUACUUUGACGAUAAAAAGCAAGGUAGAGGAGUCUUCAUUUGGCCAGAUGGCAGAAAGUACGAUGGAGAAUGGUACAAUGGUAAGCAACACGGAGAAGGCAUCUACCACACAUCUAAACAGGAAGUAAAGAAAGGAGAAUGGAAAGAAGGAAAAAGGAUCUCUAAUAGAUUUGUAGAUUCGAUCACCAAAGAUUUCACUGACAACCUCAGAAAUUUGAAUGAAAGAGAUGUUGAGCUCGAUCACCUUAAGACCACAGUGAUUGCUUUGAAUGAGAAAGUUGAGGUGAUAAGAGAUCUUGAGUAAGAUGUUGUGAAUGCUCAGGGUGUAUCUCAAGACUCAGAGAAGAAGAGAGUUGAGUUACAGAUCCACAUUAAGGAGACCAGCAUUAGAAUCCAGCAAACAUCAGUUGAGAACAAAACUUUCUAAGAUUCCGUUAUUAAUGAGAACACUAGACUUCAAGAAGAGUGCAAGAAGCUUAGAGAAGCUGUUGUACAGAAAGAGAAGUAAUUAAUUGAUACUGUUAACAGACUUGAAAGAGAGAAGAUGGACAUUAAGUCCCAACUUGAGAAGGAAAAGAUGGAUCAGCAACUAAGAUACGAAGCUCUGCUCUCUGAGAGAGAUACUAAGAUUAAAUGGCAAACAGAAAUCAUCCUUCAACUACAACAAAAGGUCCUCGAACAAGAAUAAAUCAUCAGACUCAAUGCCGAUAUUGCAGACCAACUUAAGAUUCAACUUGCCCUUAACAGACAACAAGACGAACAAAAGAAGAAACUUCAAAAGGAAUUAGAAACUGCUUCUGAUUACAUUCUUGCUCUCGAAGAUAAAGUAUACAAAGCCAAUAAAACCUCUCUUGAGCUAUUAAGACAAUUGAAAGAUGCUGAGAUUGAAAUUGAAACCUUGAAGAAUUAUAUCAUUGAACUUAAGCAAAGAAUCGCUGUAUAUAUCCCAAUGAAGGACGAUGUCAUUGAUAAGAGACUUGCUGAAUUCAUCAACAAUUACCCAGAUAGACAGAAGCUCAAGAUCAUGUUCAUGAGAGAAAGUGAGGGUGUCUACUAAUUCGGAUCCAAAAGAGUAGCUGUUAGAGUUGACAAGGACAAGAUUAACAUCCGUGUUGGAGGAGGUUAUCUAUCUAUUGAUGAGUUCUUGGAUCAAUAUACCCCAGCUGAACUUGAAAAGAUGGAAAGAAAAGAUCCUCUCAAGAAAUUCAGUGAGAAAAUUGCCAUCCAAAAGACCUUAGUAGGCAAAGAACUCAGAGAGAACUCCCCUAUCAGAGGAGGCGGAUCACCAACUUAGUCCCCAACCAGAUCACCCACCAGAAAAGCUCAGUGA